AUGUUACACAAACAAAGAAUAGCAAGUUUAUUUGGCGCUAUAGUGGUGAUAGCGCUAUGGUAUAUGUUUUCUUCGAAUAAGCUAUCAUAUGCUACAACUAAUGAUCCAGAUUUGUUGAAAAGCACACCUAUACCUCAACAACAGAAAGUAGCGGCGAUCAUGCCAGCUAUGCCUGAUCCGGAGGCCAAAAAAGAAUUGGGGAGAGCGGCAUGGAAAUAUUUUCAUACUCUACUUGCCAGGUAUCCGGAUGAGCCAAGUGAACAAGAGCGUGAGAAGUUGACCACUUUCCUUCACCUAUAUGCGGAACUGUACCCAUGUGGCGAGUGUUCGGUCCAUUUUGUGAACGCACUAAAAAAGUACCCUCCGCAAACUUCCAGCAGAUUUGCUGCGGCAAUGUGGGGCUGUCACAUUCACAAUAAGGUUAAUGCAUUCCUAGAGAAACCCGAGUACGAUUGCACAAAGAUCUUGGAAGAUUACGACUGUGGAUGCGGAGACGAAAAUGGUAAAAUUAGUGAUGCGUUGAAACUUAAUGGUGUAUCAUUGGAAAAGGAAGGAAAGCAAGGUGGUUAA